UUCAGAAUGGGCUGUCAAGCUCCAAUCUUGUCAUCCAAUCCUGGCAUUUGAAGGUCCAAUGUCGGAGGUGUCGGAGGCCAAUCGCUCAACGGGAUAUCCAAUGUGACAUUGGAUGGCGCCCAAUCACUGCGCGGGAUGACAUUGGACGUCACCUAUCGCUGCGCUUCUUUCCAUACCCUCCGCCAGUGACUGACAUCGCCGGCGAAACGGCUUCUAACAACUCUGUCAGAAAUGAGCAUCAAACCUAAGAGCCACAAGGCCAUGGGAGAUGGCGAGUGGAUGUCGAGGCUGAGGGCAUUUGCCACCACUGGCCUUUGGCCUUCAGGAGGUAAUAAACCAGCCCCAAGGCAACGGAAGUGGUAUGACCUCUACCAGAAGAUUGAGAAAUGCCCCAUGCAGGCCCAUGGACAGAGCACCCUCUUUGGAGGGUCCAAGGCCUGUAACUGUGGAUUUCACACCGUUAAGCAGCCUGCCACUCCUGCUGAAGCCCCACAGUCUGUGGCCUCAGACUCGGACCCUGGUGCGACUUCAGCAAGUGCUGCAGCGUCUGCCGCCACCCCGAGGUCUUUCCUGCGGCCCCCGCUGAGUUUGUCAAUGGAGGACCCCCAGCCCUUCUCCUCCUUCUCCAUCCUCUGUGAGGACCCCGAGCUCUUCUCCUCUUCCUUCUCCAUCCUCUGUGAGGACCCCGAGCUCUUCUCCUCUUCUUGCACCAUCCUCUGUGAGGACACCGAGCUCUUCUCCUCUUCCUCCUUCUCCUCUUCCUUCUCCAUCCUCUGUGAGAACCCCAAGCCCUUCUGUAAGCAUCAGCCUUGCAGUAGCCCCUGUGAGUACAGCAUCUAUUCGUAG